CAGCUGUCAUAAUGCAAGGCUGUGAAUAUUACCCAGUUGGCCACGUGGCAUGCCUCCACUUCCAUGCAUGCUGACACAUGGUGUUUCCUGGGCAAGACACAGGAGUCGAGCCGUUUUUACAAAAACUAUCUACGUGUCCAUCCAUGGAGGUUCAUGAAACAAGGCCCCAAGCUCAUGCAAAUGCUGAGGAGGAGAAAGCAGGAGGGAAGAAGCAGAAGGCAGAGAACGAGACACAUGAAGCUGAGCAAGCCCAGAAGAAGGCCAAGCCCGAAAAGGAGGACAAGGACAAUGGACAGCAAAAUGGGAAAUCUGCAGCUGAGAUUGCUAAAGAGUUUGAGCAGUUCUGUAAAGCUACCAGUCAGCACCUGUCCAUCAAGCAGAUGAGGGAAAUCUUGGAAGCUAAUGGGCAGGACCAUUCUGGGUCUGAUGAUGCUGUUGUCCCCAGAUGCCAAGACAUGAUGUUUUAUGGGGCACUGGAGAAAUGCCCAUCCUGUGAUAACACUUUGGAGUGCACUGGCGACAACUAUGUCUGCACUGGAGCCUUUAGUGAAUGGUCUUCAUGCACCUACAGCACAAGGGACCCUGUGAGGAGGGAAGAACCAGUCAAAUUACCCGACUCGGUCAGGGAGUCCUCUGCUUUUGAGUUGAUAAAGAACCAUCAGGAACAGGGUAACUUCCCUCGCAGGAAUUUAAAUCCUACGGGCAAACCUUUCACUGGAAUGCUGAUUUGUCUCUCGGGUCGUCUUUCUAGAACACAUCAUUACUGGAGAACAAAGAUUGAAGAACAUGGAGGGAAGUUUGCCAACUCUGUCCUUGGUGCGACUUGUCUGGUUGUCUCGCCUGCUGAGCGAGAGCGGGGUGGCUCUUCCAAAGUUGUGGAAGCAAUGGAGAGGGGCAUACCGGUGGUAAGGGAAGCUUGGUUGAGUGACAGCAUUGAGAAACAAGAAGCUCAGCCUCUGGAAGCUUAUGAUGUUGUCAGUGACCUGUCUGUUGAGGGCAAAGGAAUUCCAUGGGAUAAACAGGAUCCCAGUGAAGAGGCACUGGAGUCUAUUUCAGCAGAAAUCAAGCUAUAUGGGAAGAGAGGCGUAUACAAGGAUUCCAAGUUGCAGGAGCAAGGAGGAAAGAUCUUUGAGAAAGAUGGGAUACUGUACAACUGUGCCUUUUCCAUUUGCGACCAAGGCAGAGGAGUGAAUGACUACUGUAUUCUGCAACUGAUCAUCGUUCCGGAGAACCAAUUGCAUCUGUACUACAAGAAAGGGAGAGUUGGUGAUGACCCCAGAGCAGAGGAAAGGGUGGAAGAAUGGCAGAAUGUGGAUGCUGCUGUGAAGGAGUUCGUUAGACUUUUUGAGGAACUAACUGGUAAUGAGUUUGAACCAUGGGAGAGAGAGAGAAAGUUUCAGAAGAAGCUAUUAAAGUUAUACCCAAUUGACAUGGAUGAUGGUGUUGAUGUGAGGUAUGGAGGGCUUGGCCUUCGGCAGCAAGGGGUAGCAGUCGCACACUGUAAACUUGAGCCAUUGGUUGCAAAUUUCAUGAAGGUUUUGUGCAGUCAGGAGAUCUAUAGAUAUGCUAUGAUGGAGAUGGGCCUAGAUUCCCCUGACCUGCCAAUGGGGAUGCUCUCUAAUAUCCACUUGAAAAGAUGUGAGGAGGUUCUCCUAAACUUCAUAGAAACUGUGAAAUCAAUAAAAGAGAUGGAGAUAAAGGCCAAGGCUACUUGGUCAGAUUUCAGCCAGAGAUGGUUUACUCUCUUGCACUCAACUAGACCUUUCAUCUUUAGAGAUCAUCGAGAGAUUGCAGAUCAUGCUGCAGCUGCACUGGAGACUGUUCGAGACAUAACAGUAGCUUCACACCUUGUUGGAGAUUUGACUGGCUCUACUCUUGAUGACCCAUUGUUUGAUCGGUAUAAGAAACUAGGUUGCUCAAUAUCCCCACUGGAGAAAGACACUGAUGACUAUAGGAUGAUCCUCAAAUACCUGGAGAAAACUUAUGAACCUGUCAAAGUUGGUGAAAUUAGCUAUGGAGUGUCAGUUGACAACAUAUUUGCUGUUGAACCGAGCGCAUGCCCUUCCCAUGAUGAAAUGAAGAAGUUGCCAAGCAAAGUCCUGUUAUGGUGUGGCACCCGAAGCUCAAAUUUGAUGAGGCACUUGAAUAAAGGGUUCUUGCCAGCGAUAUGUUCUCUCCCAGUCCCAGGUUAUAUGUUUGGCAGGGCAAUUGUUUGUUCUGAUGCUGCAGCUGAAGCUGCUAGAUAUGGGUUUACAGCUGUGGACAGGCCAGAAGGUUUCUUGGUUUUGGCUGUUGUUUCUCUGGGAGACCAAGUCACUGAGUAUAAGAAUCCACCUGAGGAGACAAAGUCAUUGGAAGAGAAGCAGCUAGGGGUGAAAGGUUUGGGGAGGAAAAAACCAGAUGAAAAUGAACACACUGUUUGGGAAGAUGACGUCAAAGUACCUUGUGGACACCUGAUCCCUUCAGAGUAUAAAGACAGCCCUCUUGAAUAUAAUGAGUACUGUGUCUAUGAUCCAAAGCAGGUGAGCAUAAGGUUCCUGGUGGGAGUGAAGUAUGAAGAGAGAGAUGUUGAGAUGGACACAGCAGAAUGAAGAAGUUACAUGGAUGUGGUAAGGAAAUGAAGCAGCACUAGAGCAUAAAAGGGUUCUGUAUGGAUCUUUCCGUCUCCCAUCUUUGUGGAUGGCGAAUUGGUGACCCCCUUUCAGUUUCCUUUGGAGGGGUUAACUUGUUAUUUUGGUUUCGAUCAUCAAAACCCCUCUGCCUUUCACUUUAUAUCCUGAGCCCAGUAAAUUGACUUGUUUUGUUGUUUAUAAUCAUCAACAUUCCUCUGGCUUCAGCUUUUACACAA